UUGGUGGUGGUGUGUGAUUCUCUGUGUAUUGUGAGCACUGUGUGUACAGUUAGUUAGCCAGGUGCUAGCACCUCUACCUUCCCUUUGCCCUCCAUCAGCAGCUCAGAGUCUCGCCCUGUUUACAUUUCGCCAGGUGCCCUGAGUGCGGAUCCUACCCUUGCUGUUGCUUAGGCCAACCAGAGUCAAACUUGACUGGCCAAAAGGAGGAUGGCUGUAGGUGGCCCAGGGAAGGGAUGUGAUGAGUCCCCGAACACGGGGGCAGGUGUCACUGUCAGUCAAACUCUACCACCAGGGUGGUGGGUCUUCGGUCCCUGGCCCAGCUCCCUCAGACGAAAAGAAAGGGGAGUAGGGAAGAAGCGAAUGAGGAGGGGUGCCCUCCCAGGUCUGGCCUGGGUGGGGCAGCGCCCCAGAUGUCUGCCUUGCUCACUGACAGGGGAGAUGGAGCUGCCCCAGUGCGUGGAAGACUUGGAGGACGAUGUGUUCCAACUCGAGGAUGGGGAGCCGGGGACCCAGCCUGGGGGCUUGCUCUCUGCUGACCUGUUUGCCCAGAGCCAGCUGGACUGCCCCCUCAGCCGGCUUCAGUUCUUCCCUCUCACACAUUGCUGUGGCCCUGGGCUUCGAGCCACCAAGCAGGAAGACAAGGCCACUCAGACCCUCAGCCCAGCCUCCCCCAGCCAGGGUGUCAUGCUGCCUUGUGGGGUGACCGAGGAACCCCAGCGACUCUUUUAUGGCAACGCUGGCUACCGGCUCCCUCUCCCUGCCACCUUCCCUGCAGGCUUGCCCCUGGGGGAGCAGCCCCCUGAAGGGCGGUGGCAACAUCGAGGGGAGGUACAGAUGGCCCGGAAGCUUCGCUGCAUUGCAGACCAGUUCCACCGGCUUCACGUGCAGCGGCACCAGCAGAACCGGAAUCGCGGGUGGCGGCAGGUGCUCCUUUUCCUUCACAACCUCGCUUUGAACGGAGAUGAGAACAGGAAUGGGGCAGGUCCCAGGCCUCCACCAGGAAGGAACAGAGGCCUUGGUCAGACACUGUUGAAGGAAGGCUGAAGCGUCUGUGAUGGUGGGACCUCCCACAAGCCCGGACAAGCAGAUUCAUCAGUUGCCAGCGGUCCAAAUGACCAGCGCAGCGUGCUGUCCUCUGGGGAUUGGACUGUCGCUUUUCCCCAGAAACUAGGCUAAGGAAAGGAGACCCAAUGCAACUCCCAAUUCCACCAGACCUGUCAGCCUCCCACUGUGGAUUGGGGGGUCCCCGAUCUUGAUGGCAACGCUGCUGUACCCCACCUGGGCCUCAGCCAAGGACUUUCCAGCUGCAUAAGGCAACCUCCCUCGGCCAGUCCGUCAGCUCCACGGCUCGGCUCCGGUUUGGCCCAGCCAGUGCCCGCCUCAAGGGCUUAGGGAGUGUGGCCCAGCCCAUCUUCUCCAGCAGACCUCAGGGAGGGUUGGGUUUCUCCAGGACCCCUCCAACGUGCCGUCAAGCGAACCAAACUUCUGGGGAGGCCUCAAAUCUGACUCGGUCUUACUGGGGAGGCCCCAGGGUUAGUCCUGAGGCGCAGAGCCACUGCCGCCUUGGACCAACUGGGCGUUAAUCGUGGACGUGCUGAACAGUCGGUCAUCGUGCUGUCUCCAGCAGCUUGUGCUUGGGCAGCUCCUUUUCCUCAACACCCAGCCAUGUGACUGCACUCGCGCCCCCCGCCCCUUGCAGGACAUUAAAGGGACCGGUUCGCAGCAGGUCUGGGAGCUAGGGCAGCUGUCUUCUAAGAGUCGGCCGUGGAGGAACCCUAACCCUUGGCUUCCUUGGAAACCACGUACCUCUUCCUCCUUGGCCCCAUUCCUUUUGUCACGCCUCGCGGGUGACAGGAAGAAGCGGAGGGCAGGGGAUUUGUCCGAGGAAGCGUGUCUUUUACAGUAACACAGGCAACGACUCCACUGUGCAACUGUCAAAGCCGGGUACACAUUUCCUGUCUCCCUCCAGCUCCCAGAGAGGCCAGCUCUGGGACUCAGCGGGCUCACAGCUGCCUCUGAACUUCCUCUUUGCUCCUGCUGUGGCUCCAAUGGGGGACAUUUAAAGCAGCCUCUGGCAUGUCUCCUAGCAGACUUCUCUGAAAAGACACAGGGCAUCUCUCAGUCAGACAUCUAGACAUUCAGUUACAGGUCUUUUUGUUUUGUUUGUUUAUUUUUUACAUUUCUAAGAGGCAUCAUUGGUGCUAAAGAUUGAAGCAAGGCCCCAAGAAAAGGCAGCUUUCUUGGGCAGAGAAGACCCCGGAGGCUCCCCAAGGAAACCAGAGAAGGAAUCCAAGAUGAAUGCUCAAAUCCAGACAAGCCCAAGCCCCUCCGAUCCUGCAGAGAAGGGGGUCUUCCAUGCCGUUGAGGGGGACAUUAACUGGGAUGUGCAGUUGGGCAGGUUCUCUACCCGUGGGGACAUGCGUGUGGAGGGAGCUAUUGGAACUCAAGCCUGUGCCCUGCUUGCCAAGUCACUAUGCCAUCUUGGGGGCUGCAUCUGCCCCUGUGGAAGAGGUGCCUUUUCCUAUUUUGCACAAGGUGUCACAUGGACUCCCAGGGGCUCUGAGGGGGGGGCCUCAGACUGUGUCUACGCCUUUGCUUUGUUCUGCUUGGAUGGUCUGGAAGUAUACCUCUCUGGGCGGUAUUACCAGAAUUAUAUUCUCAGGGUGUGUACUAUGGUUUGUCUGCUGUGAAGGUGGGCUCCUGCUUACAAGAAGGAGCCCAGGGAUCGGACAAGAAGGCUGGCUCCGAACGCCCUGGACCGUGGUGACGUCUAGCCUUCCCUGCAUGUCUCCAUACUGUUCGGAUGGAUGUGUAGGGAAGGUGGCAGUUUCUCCUCUCCCGGAGCCAGGCGGUUGCUGUGGCACACAAGGACACCAGCAUUAUUUAUACUGGCCACUUGGAAGCCCUCUCUGCAGACCGACCACCUGGAUUUGCCACACGUGUGUGCGUGGGGGAGAGAGAGGGAGAGCAAGUGGCCCGGGCCUUUGGUACUGAGGCACAGCGGGCAUCUUCAGAGAUGCCCUGUGGCUGGUCCUGAGAACUAACCGGGAGUUUGACAAACCUGUUAAACACUCAGGCAGUGGCCGUGUGGAGGGUGAUGGACAACACUGUCCAUCCAGUGUGAGACCAGGAAUUCACUUGCCAUCCUCAGUCAAGCCAGCCAGGGCAAGAUUUAAAGUGUCCCCCAUUCUUAACGUUCCCCUUGCCCCCCACCAAAAAACCCAGGUGGUAGCUGGCAGAAUAUCCGCAAGACAGAGAGGGGUUCCUCUUGGCUGGCUGUUUUAAUUGGCCUGGUCAUCGACACUGGUCCCUUCCCCCUCCGCCUGGCCUGUGUGAGCCAGAACAUUCCAACCUCAGGAGACAAGCCCCUCCCCCGGGACCACUGCCCCCACCCCUGGAAGCCCAGCUGUGUCCAGAGAGGCUGGGGAAUCAGGUUUAGAAGGCGGAGAGUCUGACCUGGGCCCUGACCUGACUUUUGUGACCAAUUGGGGGUAGUGAGCAGGGUGGGGGAAGAGGGUCGGAGAACCUCCCUCCUCCGGGGGAGGAAGGCCCUGGAGGAAGGGAAGCCCGCUAUUCAUGGUCAAAACAGCCCUUCUAAUUUAGAACCCCAGAGAGAAAGUGUCCAGAAGCCAGGAGUUGGACAGAAUCUGCCUCCGCCGGAUGCUUUCCAAGUCUGGACAGCUGCCCCCCACCCCUAACCCCCCCACCUCGCGACGGCCUUCUCUUGCUCAAUCCGGGGCGGAAAAAGAUCACCUCGCAGUGACCUUCUCCAGCCCCGAGGGAGUGGUUCUACCCCAGCACUCAGGAGGCCGGUGCCAGGGCCAAGGGCGGGCUGGCACGGCUAAGGCAGAGAUGCACGCCACCGCCCCUCCACCUCCAGCGGCCCUCCUGCCGAGGAGGCGGGCUUUUGGGGACUCCAGGAAGGUCGUCACACCUCGAAGCCUGUCCCCUACCCAAGAGGCAGGAGAGCCGCAGGGACUGUGCUGGUUAACAAGUUUGCCUCUUUUUCUUGGGGGGCCGGACUCGCCCAGAAAACAACCGAAGACUUCAGCACAGCCCAGGGCUCUGCGGGGCCUCCUUCCAA